AUUCAAUCAUCAAAACAAAAGAAAAGUAGACUAAUAUCAAAAACUACAAAAAAAAAUGAAGGUUAUUUGUUUAAGUGCAGUGUUUUUUCUAUUGUUUCUUGGAGGAAUAGCAGGUGUUCAGUCAACCGAGUGUUCUAAGACUAAGCCGUGCCCUGAACUUUGCUGCAGUCGAUGGGGCUGGUGUGGUUUAGGCCCUGACUACUGUGGUCCAGAUGCCGAUCUUAAAAACUUCACUAUAGGAGGAUCAAUAGGAACGGGGGCAAGAUGUUCUAAGACUAACCCAUGUAAAAACUGCUGCAGUCUAUGGGGUUGGUGUGGUACUUCCGAAGUUCACUGUUGGGAAAAUGGUGAUCUUAAUAACGUCACUAUAGGAGGCACAUCAGAAAAAGCUGAGAACAGUGGAAGAAAUGGCAAACUUGGAUAUGGAGUUCUGGAUAUGGUGGUAUAGACACCAACUAUUUCCUAUGUUUGAAGCUAUCUCUAUGGUGGUAUAGACACCAAGUAUUUCCCAUGUUUGAAGCUAUCUCUAGUUAUAUGGAGAAUAAAUAAAGCUUUUUCUGUUCGUUUGUAACCUAAAAUUCAAUUAAUAAUCAAUAAUUACUUGUUUUUUUA